AUGAUACUCUAUUGGGUGGCCCUACUUACUCUAACGGUUAUCGUCAGAACGACGCUCGGAGUGGAUAGGAUAGGGCAGGAUCCGUUUAAUGAUGAAUUUUUGCGUCGAGUGUUGGCCCGGGCUCGCAGCUGGAAACCAGAUACGAAUUUCCAAUCAAACGUACAUUACCAUACAUUCCGAUCACUAAAAGGCAUCGGAGAAAGCAGGACAGGAUUCAAGGUGCCGAUCAGGCGUUACGAAUUCGUUUACGACAUCGAUCUACCAGAUUCGUUCGAUGCGCGUCACCACUGGCCAAAAUGUGAUUCCCUGCGUGAGAUCCGUAACCAGGGCACGUGUGGUUCGUGUUGGGCCGUCGCUGCCACUAGUGUUAUGUCUGAUCGUGUCUGCAUCCAUUCCAAUGAAACCAUUAACAUUGCUAUUGCUGCCGAAGAUCUGAUGGGUUGUUGUGUGGACUGUGGUAACGGGUGCAAUGGAGGUUUCUUGGAUGGAACCAGCUUCCAGUACUGGGUGGAUGCAGGGUUGGUGAGCGGUGGGGCUUACAACUCCACGGACGGUUGUAAACCGUACCCCUUCAAGCCUUGUGAAUAUCCUUUCAAUCAGUGCCACGUGGAAAGCUCGCCCAAGUGUACCCACCACUGUCAGCAAGGAGCCGAUCGCCGUUAUUCAAAGGAUAAGCUGUACGGCCAAGCUGCGUAUAGUGUACCACGAGACGAACGUGCCAUACGGUACGAGAUAAUGACCAACGGACCAGUGGAGGCCGGAUUCGACGUGUAUGAAGAUGUGUUGCUUUACAAGUCCGGGGUGUAUCGGCACGUUUAUGGGGAAAAAAUAGGUAAACAUGCGGUUCGUAUAAUUGGCUGGGGAAGAGAAGGUGGCUCACCGUACUGGCUGAUAUCAAACUCGUACGGGGAAGAUUGGGGCGAUCAUGGAUACUUGAAGUUUUUGCGCGGCUCCAAUCAUCUGGGAAUCGAAUCAAAGGUAGUAACUGGAUUACCGCUGGUGUGA